AUGACCGCUACCGUAGCCGAGCCCGAGACUACAGGGCUGACGGGGCGCCUCGUCCAUUUCUACCGACCCGGUGUCAGACACCUCGCACCUAUAACGCAGCUGCCCGUUAUUGGAUAUUUGGGCUUCGUAGCAGCCUCUGGUCUAUGUUCAGCAGUGGACUCUCAAAUGUUGAUGAUAUCGCAACCCGAGGAGCUGGUGAAGUCGGUGAAGCUGACGUCACGGGAGCGCCGCUUCAUAAAGUUCGCGAGCGUGGAGCACGGAGGGCAACUCUACAUGACCCCGCAGGACUUUUUAGAGUCCGUAGUGGAGCAGGAGCCGAGACCUCGGCUGAAACGGCGCAUACUCACCGUAAAGGAGAUCGAGCAGCUCCGUGACCAGACCCCACCGCUGAAGAAGGGAUCCCCGCAGAUGUUCCGCAACAUGAGGGACAAGGGUAUAAUUUCCUACACAGAGUACCUGUUUCUGUUGUCGAUACUUACAAAACCGGCAUCCGGCUUCCAAAUAGCAUUCAACAUGUUCGACACGGACGGCAACCAGAGAGUAGAUAAGAAUGAGUUUCUAGUCAUCCAGCGUCUACUCGGCGGCUCGUUGAAGGAGCGAAAAGACCUGGACGCGAGUAGCCAACAGGCCCUGCUUGCCUUAGUAUCCACAAGUGCACAGAAGAAUAAGACGGAGAAGAAGGAAAAGAAUAAUAAGCCGUCGACAAUGGAGAAGAUCUUCAGUUUCGCAUGGAAGGGCAAGAGGGGGAUCGGAGAAGAGGUUAACGAUGGUGGUAAAGAUAAAAAAGGGGGCGGGCCCCAGGACACCUACGUUAAUGACGACCAGGGGCUACAGCGAAGACACAACGUAGACACAUUCUUACAAGUGCACUUCUUCGGCAAGAAGGGCACAAACGAUCUGAAGUUCGAGGGCUUCAGGCAGUUCAUGGAGAACCUGCAGACCGAAGUGCUCGAGCUGGAGUUUCACGAGUUUUCGAAAGGUCACGAGACGAUAUCCGAGGUGGACUUCGCGAAGAUCCUGCUCCGCUACACCUACCUGGACACUGACGAGUACGACAUGUACCUCGACCGUCUACUGGACCGUGUGCACGACGAGCGCGGCAUCUCCUUCGACGAGUUCAAGACCUUCUGCCAGUUCCUCAACAACCUGGAGGACUUCACCAUCGCGAUGCGCAUGUACACGCUGGCGGACCACCCCAUCUCCAAAGACGAGUUCCACCGCGCGGUUAAGAUCUGCACCGGCAUAGCGCAGUCGCAGCACCUCGUCAGCACGGUCUUCGCGAUCUUCGACGCGGACGGCGACGGUCUACUCAGCUACAAGGAGUUCAUCGCGAUCAUGAAGGACCGACUGCAUCGCGGCUUUAAGUCGUACGCGAAAAACGAGGGAUGGGAGGCUUUCAAAACUUGUGUCAAACAAGAAAUGAAGAGCGCCGUC